UCUAGGGUUUUCUAUGCUGUCUGCCUAUAAAUAUGCCUUCUUCCUCACUAUCGCCAGAUCUCAUCACAAUUUUCAUUGCCACAAAAUAGAAUCUUGUGAUUCAUAGCCUUCCUCACAGGAAUUUUUUGAUGCGAAUUCCUCAAACUAGACAAGCGCUUCUCUCUGCUGCUCUGCAUAAAGUUGAAGACCGCGGUGCCUGUCAUUUAUCGGAAGUAUCUUCAUAUAAUUUCACACCAUCUAGCCUCGUUAAAAGAAGUUGGUCUCACGCAUGAAGUUGUCGAAGACCUCAAGUAAUCAAAGGUUUGAUAGAAAACAACCAAUAGACUGGCUCUCCUUCAUCACUGAUGACCAUGCUAAGUUAGCAAUUCCGGUUGGACCUCGUUUCCAAGUAGACAUUCCAUCUUGGAAUCCCCCAUCCUCGAAGAGUCGCAUAACCAUUGGUGAUACGGAGUCGAAUGAUGAAAAUAAGUGGUUGGACUCGAUAAUAUGGCCGCCGAAAGGAGGAAGCCAAAAUGUGUACCAUGAUAGGGUUGGAAGAGGAAGACCUCAAGAUUGUUUAUGUGCAUUUCCAGGGUCUAUAGAGUGUGUUAGACAACACGUGUUAGCCAAAAGGUUCCAAUUAAAGGUCGAACUUGGCCCCGUCUUUUGGAAAUGGAGGUUUGAUGUCAUGGGAGAAGAUAUCUCCAAGGUAUGGAAUCAGGAGGAACAGAGGAAAUUUAAUGAUAUUGUGAAAAAGAAUCUUACAUCUCAUGAUACAAGCUUCGUGGAGGCCGCCUCACGAUGUUUGCCAUGCCAUAGCAAAGGAAGCAUCAUUAGCUACUAUUUGAACGUGUACAUCCCAAGGCGGAUAGGUGUUCAAACUAGGUCGAGUUGCAAUAUCGUUGACACAGAUGAUGAUAACAACAAUGAUGAUGAGGAAGAUAAUAAUAGCAAUGAUGAUGAUUAUGUCAAUGAUGGUGAGGACAUCAUGCAUCCCAAGGGGUCACUUAAGAGGUUACGCGCUGGCUUUUCUUCCUCCACUCGUAAAUCCAUGAAGAUCGUGUUUGACCUCAUGCCAGUGAGUUCUUUUGCCUCGUAGUCUAGAUAUAACAUAUUAUAAUCGAGUCUGCGGUAAUGAACUAAAGUUUUUUGGGAUUGAAUACAAGGAGAGCAGCAGCUCUGUAUUUUGAUCCAUUAAAAUGGAAAGUGAAUGUAUUAUACUUGUUUGAAGUUUAUAUCUAGGACAGGGUAGAUCUAUGGUGUGUACCAUGAUCAAGUGGCAAAAGUUGAGGUUUAAAUGUUUUUAAUAUGAAGCUUACAUGAGUUCAUUUCUUACCAUUUAAUCAAGUUUUGAUUCACGUUAA